AUGAAAAUUUCAAUGUGUUUUGGUUCUGGAGUAGUAACUGGAAGAAUAAUAGUAUCAUUUUUAUCAUGAUAUAUUAGCUGUUAAAGGUAAUUAAUUACAGUCAUCAUCAGAACUCCUCCCAUUAUCUAGAACACCCAACAGUAUUAAAAAGUUCAUUUGUAUCUUUCUAUAAGAAUUUAAGUUAAUUUAUUUACUUCAUUAUCAUUAGAAGAAAAGAAUAUUCAGUCAUAGAAGAAAUAUUCAUCUAAAUUAAGAUUAUAAUAUAAAGAGGAUUAGGUGUAUAUGGCAGUAGAACUACUCCACAAUUAAGAAACAUUGUAUAACCUAAUUCCUAAUUUUACAUUCUGAGAAUGAAAGUUUUGAGAUAACUAACCUCAUAAAAGGUAUUAAAUAUAAUAAGUUUAGAUUUAAUCUUGA